AUGGCUAUUAAUAGCGCAGCAACGUCUUUUGGACAGAUCGGGAACGUCCUCCCAGACGUCGGGAAGGCUGUUUUUGCGGCUAAAGAGAUCUACGAUGUCAUCGAUCGAGUCCCCCCAAUAGAUAAGAUGACGUGUACACAAAAUGGGAUAGAACAUGUCGAAGGGAAUGUUCGAUUUAAAGACGUCCACUUUAGAUAUCCAACACGUCCAGAAAUCGAAGUCUUGAAAGGUCUCACUUUUGAAGCGGAAAAGGGGAAGACGGUAGCUUUGGUAGGAGCGUCCGGGUGCGGGAAAAGUACUACAAUUCAGUUGUUGGAGAGGUUCUAUGACGUCACUUCUGGCGAUAUUGAAAUCGAUGGACACAAAGUGAAUGAACUGGACAUCAAGUUUCUUCGCGAACAGAUUGGUUUAGUAGGCCAAGAGCCCGUUCUCUUUGCACAGAGUGUGAUAGACAACAUCAAGAAUGGAAUGCCUGAUGACUGCGAAAUCACUAAUGAACAAAUCUUUAAUGCAGCAAAGAUGGCAAAUGCACACGAGUUCAUUAGCGCUUUACCAGAAGGAUAUAACACUUUAGUCGGUGAUAGAGGAAGUCAAUUAAGUGGCGGCCAAAAACAACGAAUUGCUAUUGCGCGCGCUUUAAUUAGAAAUCCAAAGAUCUUAUUAUUAGAUGAGGCAACUAGUGCAUUGGACUCUGAGUCGGAAAAAAUAGUCCAAAGCGCUUUGGAUAACGCUGCAAAAGGAAGAACUACUCUUGUUAUCGCGCAUCGACUGUCUACCAUUCAAAAUGCAGAUAAAAUCUGCGUCAUUAUGAGAGGAAAAGUCGCGGAAGAAGGAACUCAUGAACAACUCAUGGCUCUCAAAGGAUUUUAUUACACGUUGGCUAUGCAACAAUAUGGGACUGUUUAA